AUGUCGCCGACGCCUCUGGCCCCAAAUGGACCUGACCCUCCUGGACAGCCUCUUUUCCCCUCCGAGGCCCCAGAGCCCGCCCCUGCCCGCAACUCCACGACUUUUACAGCUAUUUAUAGCUCCUGCACCUCCGCGUUUCGUAGCUGCCUGCAGUGCACCGGCUGCAUCCUCUCUGCAGUGAUGUCUGACUUCCGUACGGAGAGGAGGAACACUAAGAGGGCGGAGCCGCCUCGUCCACCAAUCAGGGCUCUGGGGGCGGGCCGGGGGAGCGCUCGGGCCCCGGCCCCGCAGUUCGAGCGGCGAGAGCGCUCGUCGACGCGACGCCGGGGCCGAGGGGAGCGAGCCGGCGCUUCAGUGUCCUUCCCCUCCCCACCCGUCGCCUGGCCGCCUUCUCCUCGCCGCGGCCGGACCGGAAUUAUGUGA